CUUUUCUCUCCUAUUAUCUGAGUGGCUGCAGGUACUGGUGUCUGCCUCUAUGCCUCUGUGCCAGAGGGAUAAAGAGGGAAAGAAAGAGGACUAGUGCUUCACAUCCCCCCUUUGGCCUCCCCGUCUCCCUGCUCCCUGCCACUCCAUCCUUCCUUCCUCCCUCCCGGACCACCCGUCAGCGGCUGGAUCAACCCGCCCGGACCCUCCUCCCACAACCCCUUUGACUAUCCUCACUUCACCGUCCUGUCUUGUGAAUUGUGUGCAGAAUCUUGGUUGGGAAGAGCAGAAGAAAACCUUCAAAAACAAAUUAAAAAAUAAACCUCCUGUACAGAGAAACGGUGAGGUACACUGGACAGACAGAAGUCCCUCAAGUCUUUUGGAAGUGUGGCAGCACGUGGUCACAUGACCUGGAAGAGAAAACCCAAGAGACUUCUGGGAUCCCUCUCUGAAUGGGCCGGUUAUCAACCUGGAAAGAAAUCUAAAGGCUGAUGAACUGAUCCGCACAGCGACACAGCUGCGCUCUCUUCCCCUCUUCGUCUGGCCAAUCUCUCCAUUUAUGUCCUGAGCUCCACAACUUUCUGCAACUCUGGUGACUGGUUGGCUGCUGUACCAUCAUUCUCGUCCUACUCCUGGGGAUUUCCUGUCACGUGACCAUAUUCCUGCUUCACCUCCACUCCUAGUAUGGAACUCAACAAAGUCCAGUCAGAGGGCGGGCUGAAUGUGACCCUGACCAUCCGGCUGCUCAUGCACGGCAAGGAAGUGGGAAGCAUCAUUGGAAAGAAAGGAGAAACUGUGAAGAAGAUGCGUGAAGAGAGCGGCGCUCGCAUCAACAUCUCAGAGGGAAACUGUCCUGAGAGGAUCGUCACCAUCACUGGACCCACAGAUGCCAUCUUUAAGGCCUUCGCUAUGAUCGCAUACAAGUUUGAAGAGGAUAUAAUCAACUCCAUGAGCAACAGCCCAGCCACCAGUAAGCCCCCUGUCACUCUGCGCCUAGUGGUGCCCGCCAGUCAGUGCGGCUCCCUCAUUGGCAAAGGAGGUUCGAAAAUCAAAGAGAUGAGAGAGUCCACAGGAGCUCAAGUGCAGGUAGCAGGGGACAUGCUGCCUAACUCCACAGAGCGCGCAGUGACAAUCUCCGGCACCCCGGAAGCCAUCAUCCAGUGUGUCAAACAGAUAUGUGUGGUCAUGCUGGAGUCCCCACCGAAAGGUGCCACCAUUCCCUACCGCCCAAAGCCCGCCUCCACCCCCGUCAUUUUUUCAGGUGGCCAGGUAAGAGCCGACCCGCUGGCGGCGUCCGCAGCCAACCUCAGCCUUUUACUGCAGCACCAGCCACUGCCUGCCUACACAAUUCAGGGACAAUAUGCCAUUCCACACCCAGAUCAGUUGACCAAGCUCCACCAGUUGGCUAUGCAGCAAACCCCCUUUACCCCCCUCGGACAGACCACCCCUGCUUUCCCUGGUCUGGAUGCCAGUCCCCCGGCCAGUACUCAUGAACUCACCAUUCCCAAUGAUCUAAUAGGCUGCAUAAUCGGGCGCCAGGGAACCAAAAUCAACGAGAUCCGCCAGAUGUCUGGAGCGCAAAUCAAAAUAGCUAAUGCCAUGGAAGGGUCAUCAGAGCGCCAGAUCACCAUUACAGGAACCCCCGCCAACAUCAGCCUUGCCCAGUACCUCAUCAACGCAAGGUUCAGAGACGUGGCCGCCAUGUGGAAUGACCCCUCAUCAAUGACUACAUCCUGAAGCCCCAAACUACUUUCAUUAUCUGAAGCUAUCAGCAGCUGAUUCCCAAUAAACAUUAAAUAUACAGUCUUCCCUUAGAACUUACCAACCUUUCCCUUGAACCCCAUGGUCAACUUCAUCAGUAGCUACAUUCAUGUAGGCAGACUACUGAAAUAAAAAAGGCGGGACAACUGUAGUAUGAUUUGUUCAUGCAGUGUUUUAGUGUAGUAUUUUAGCAUGCUGAAUGCUUGGAUCUUUUGUUAUAUAUUUAUUUAUCAUUUUACAUUUGUUAGAUUAGUUCAGUGUAACUGAUGCUCUAUAAGUCUUGUAGUUUAAUGGCAAAGAUUUUUUAAAAAGUGGAUUGCAUCUAAUAGCAUUUUCUAGCUAUGCUGUUGGCAAGGAGCUAGUGGUGUGAUGCAGAUGUUGUAAUGAAGUACAAACGCAUGCCAGAAUCAAGGUGAUGUCGGAAACGGUUUCUUUAGAAGCGGAGAAGAUUUUAUUUUUACAUUGGACAGGAGCUUGAUUGUUUUCAGCAUAAGCGAAUCGAUAGUAAUGCAUGCUUAUUACUCGACGCGGAGAGCAACAAGGCGGAAAAAGCUAUCAUUCUUGUACAGACGUGUCAAAUGCUGUCAGAAUUAUUUUAUGUUAUCUAUUUUUUUCUAUCUUUUCCUUACCCCUCCCCUUUUUCCUCUUCCCUUCAACUAUUCUAGGCUGACGUCUGAGGUCACUGGAAUGGGCACUCUCUAAUUUCUACCCAUGAUCCUUCACUGCAUCACAUGACCCUUGAGCCAAUGGCAUUGCACCUAAUUUGUUUUCUCUCUGUACUUUUGCUCUCCUGUAUUUUCAGUAAUUCUGACUAAUUGUACAUAUUUUAAAUCUUAGUUUGAUGUUCCUGCUGCUCAGCCUUUGUUGUUCUCCUGAUGGUCCUUUAAUUAUUACCUGAUAUAUAUAUAUAUUUUUUAAAGACACUUUGCUUUUUUUUUCUCUUUUCUUUUUUGACUCUCUAGUACCUCAUCUCACCGGUGUCCUGUUUUGUCAUAACUUUCACUGUGAAUUCACAUUUUCUGGUCCAUAUUCUGUGGUGUGGUACAGCAAAGCCAGUGAAAUCCUCCGCUUUCCAGUCUUUCAUUAGGUCAGAUUGAGUUUGUAAUUUUAAAAGUUGCAGUCCUGUGCUUUGCUCCAGGGCUUUGCUCACCGGGUACCUUAUAAUAGUGCAUCUCAUACAUGAAUAAUGAAACCCACUGAUGGAGCUGGAAUGUUUGCACCACGCCUGUACGAUUUGUUUGCAUUUGUCAUUGUGGCAUGCGGAGUAACACAGAGAAUCCAUUAUUAGCUUCUCCUAUUCACUUUCAGAACCAAUAGGAACAACAAAAUCAGUGUGAAAACAAACAAGAGAAUAAGAAUAAGCCGUGCUCACAGCUUUACUGCAUGUUGAGAUAUUUCAAUUCAGCCUACAAUCUAAGUUUAAUUAAUUGAAUCUAUUACAGCAAGAUUAUUUAUAUAUAUAUAUAUAUAUAUAUAUAUAUAUAUAUAUAUAUAUAUAUAUAUACAACAUGUUUUUGCAGUAUUAUGAAAAAUACAGGGGCUAUAUUCUUUUGGAAGUGAAUACAAACUUGCUGAUAAUGAAAUCUGUCCCAUGCUCCUCUACCAUAUGCUUUCCCUGUAAGUAUGGUAGAUUCUCACAAGGGGUCCAAAAUUAACAUUAGGAACAUGUUUACCUGCCAUGGAUAUAUAUAGGAACAUUUUGUGUGUAUGGACGUUUUAUUAAUUGGUCAUAGGAACGUUUUGGAAAUUUUCCUACAUUCACAUUUGCAAUCAUUAUACACGUCUUUAAAUGUGAGGCCCCGAUUUCAUAUUACAGACGUAUUCAAUUUCAAUACAAUUUUUCUCACACUUGGCAGUUGAUAAGUGUUAAUUUUGGACCCUGCCCUUAUGCAUCCAUCUACGAACUUCAUUCUGACAGAGUUUUUCAUAUUGCUCUCCUAAACCGUAUUUGUCAGUCGAACUGAAAAGACACGCACAAGCUCUGCCUGUGUCAGACGAGACUGAGAGGUCAUUCUCCACUGACUGCUUUCGAAACAUGCACACGCACAGUCGACAGCUGCCGUGGCUGCCAUGUAUUUUUACUACAUGCCAGUAGAACAGAGCGCUUUGUUAUUUUCUCCUAAGCCACUCUUCACUGAUAAGUCAGGAUCAUUUGUUUUUCAGGCGCUGGAAUUUUCAUGGGUUUCGGGCCAGUCUUUCAAAAGUUUUGGCAGAUUUAGCUCCCUGGUCUGCACUUAAACAUGACUGUUUCUUUAUAGCAGUUGUUUAGCUUCAGUAAAGGCCAUGGCUAUUUAUGUUGCAUGUUUUGCUGCGAUUAAUUAUUAUUAAGACAGGCUGUGUAAACUAUUCAUGAUGCAUACAGCUUCUUUCCCAUUAUUUUAUCCAGCUGUUGGCACCUUCAGUAAUAAUUUCAUCCCUGAUCAUACAGCUAUGCUUUUGUUUUUAUUUUAUUUAUUUUUUAUUUGAAGGUUUGUGUAAUUUUUGCGGCACAAAGCAAUCUGGUAGCACUUUAGUAUAGGGACCAAUUCUCACUAUUAACUAGUUGCUUAUUAGCAUGCCUACUAUUAACAUAUUGGCUAUUUAUUAACACUUAUAAAGUGUUAAUAAAUAGCCUCUACAUCUACAUCCCUAAAUCUACUUUUAACAACUACCUUAAUGUGAAUAAGCAGCAAAUUAGGAGUUUAUUGAGGAAAAAGUCAUAGCUAAUGGUUUGUUAAUAGCAAGAAUUGGACCUUAAAGUAAAGUGUGACCAACAAGCUGUUUCUUUAAGUGACUUGACUGGCAUGAGAUUUUGAAAAAGAUGUGAAGAUACUCUGGGUCUGUGCGGUACAUGCAUCUUAUAACACAAUUAUAAUUAAGACCUGAUGGCAUUAAAGUGCUUUGCAAGUCUGGAGACCUUAAAAAAGAAUGUGUAGUGCCAUAAAUCCUAUCAGUUGUAUUGUAAAUACCUGUGGAGAAAUUCUCGUAGCUUGUAUAUCUGAGAUGCUACAAAAAAUGAGUUCCCUUCCUACUAAAAUUAAUAUGUCAUGCCAUGCAUGUUGAAGAUUUGCAGCAAGGCACUCAAUUUGUUUCCAAACAAAGCCUGUUUAGUCAGUGUACUCAGGCAUUUCAUCCUUCGACUUCCAUUUAAACAGACAGGGGAAUGAUUGAAGUCAUUAUUUGUACAAUUUUGUUUGUUGCCGCUAGUGUCGCAGAAAUUACACACUUCAGUUCUCUCCCCAACAAAACUUUCAGUGUUGUGUUGCUAUAGUUAUGCAAUUUAUUUCCCAUACCGAAGCCCUCUUAUUAUGCUCUGAGCGUUUCUCAAUGUUUCCUGAAGAUUGCCCCCAGGCUGAAGUCAUGCUGAGUUCCCCUUUUAUCCAAAUCUGAACUUUUUCAGUCAGCAAUCAAUGUGUAUUUCAUCCUCCACAUUUAAAUGUGUAAAAUGUGGUAUUGAGGCUGAAAGUUGAAUGUAACUGCUUCAACGUGAUUCAUAAUUCAAUCUAGUUGACCUUUCUUGCCAUUUUCCAGUUGCAUGGUUUUUACAUGAGAAUAUGUAAUCAUGCACUAGAAUAAACUAUUUUCUUUUACAGUCGUAUUACAGGAAAUUAUGGAAGCGUGUUUCUGCUAAGGUAUGCAAAUAAAUAAAUAAAUAGGUAAUUGCUGCUUUUUAAUCUCAUAAUUUGGACUAUUUGUCUAUCACAGUUUUGAGUUUAUUUUUCAUAAUUUGAACUUUAUUUCUUGUGUAUCAAUCUUGUGUGGUAUAAAAUCUGAAUUUGAGCUGUGAACUCUUCUGAGAAGAAAAGUCUGAACUGUGAGAUAAAAAGUCACAAUUAUCCCUUAUUAUUUCUUUCAUUCUUAUUCCAUACAAGAUAACAGUUGUUAGAGAUGAACUCAGAAUUCUGUUAUUAAAAAGUCAGAAUUGUGAAAUUUAAAUGUAAAAUCUAAAUUAGGAGAAAGUCUUGUUUAUAUUGCAAGAAAAAACGUCUGAAUUGUGAGAUUAAAGUCACAAUAACCUUUUUAUGUUUUAUUCCAUGGUGAAAACAAGCUUCAAUAAAAAAAAAAAAAAAAUCAUAAUUUUUUAUUUAAUCAGGUACAAAACGAUGCAUUUGCAAAGCAUUGAAGUUAUAAAGAUAUAUAUUUCUAUAUUUUCUAUUUGGUAUCUAGUAUCACUGUAGCCAAAUCAAAGAUAUGCACCAAGAGUUCAUUUACACCAAAUUCUGACAUUGUAUGAUUUAAUGUCUGUUAUGAGCACAGAACUUUUAUAAUAUUGGACUCGUAAAGGUACUGUAUGCACAUGGUCAUGCAGAGCCAUCUGUGCACAUGGCCGUAAAUGAUGUCAUACUGUUCCUUUGAAAUAGCUCCAUCAUCUGGAUUAUUCAGCACAUUCUGUUUGUGUUUUAGAAUUAGCGUUCAGUUUCUUGUCGUCGCAUUUACCAUAAGUUCUGCACUGCUUUGAAAUGUAAUAUUUGUGUCAGUGUCUUAGACUCAGUUAAAAAUUCAGUUAGAUUGUAUGUUUACACAAGGCUAUGUCUUGUACCCUGACAGCAAGCUGUUUCGGCCCAGAUCUUGCCCACAUUUGGCCCGCGUGAAAUCCAGAUGUGACUUGGGCCAGAUGUGGGCCGGUUCUGGGCCGAAACCGCUUGCUGUCUGGGACGCGAUACAUGUAUGGAAUGUUUUAUUUGAUGUUAUGUUUAGUCCAUAACGUGCUGUGCUCUAGAUCACUGUACAGAUGCAUAUUAAUAUUCAGACAGCAGCAUGCGUAACUUUGACAUUUCUCAGUAGCAGAAUGCUUCACCAAGGGAGGCUUUUGUAAUUUUUAUUAUUAUUGUUUUGACUAUUAUUUUACAAAUGCAAUAAAAAUAAAUGUUCGGACUGCAGUGAAGUGUCGAAAAUGAUUAACUGUCUGGUGGAAAACGUAGUAUGCCAUUACAAAAUGGCUUUUGUAUUUUUUCAUGUGUCAUCUCAGACCGACCUCAUGUUAUUCAUAUGAUGUUGUUCUCAUGCAAAUCAUGUGGUUAAUUUGCACUCAUAAUUUGAAUAUGCAUUAAUUUACACUGUGUGCAUCUGAAAUCAUUGCAUUCAUUUUGUUGGUCAUGCAGUUUUUUUUCAUUGUACUAGAGCAGCAAAAAAAAAAAAAAAAAGAAAAAAAAAAGCCGUCUACCUUUCUGUGCUUCUGUAAAUGUAACAGAGCUAUUAUUUUAUGUUGGACAAUUUGCUGCUUGCAGGUCUAUAUUAGAAUUAAAUUACUGCUGAGGUUAGGUUAAACUUUGAAAUGUUUUGUAAAAAGGAGAGAAUAAAGUUUGUUUUCCCUUGAA